AUGGAUUUUGGACAUUACAACAUUCAAAGGAUUGCAAAGAUGAUUACUCCUCUCAAUGAAACUAGUGGUGGUAAUAACGGAGCGAUCGAUGAUCCAAACAUAUCUUUAUGGAACAAGACAAAUCUUGGUUUGCUGAAAACUAAAAAACCCGAGUAUUAUAAUGUCAUAUGCUCCGUCAUUGAUAAGAUGGGAGAAGCCUCAGCAAAGGCCCAAUCUCUGCCGUAUGCCAUCACUACUUCGGCCAAAGUUCAAUUUAAUGACAACAAUUUGUAUUUGUAUGCGAUCGAGAAUAAGGCAAUGGGAAUCAUCAAAGUUGGAAAAAAGAAGCUUUUUUAUCGGAAUUUGUCUGGAGAUUUUAAGGAAAUUGAACCAUUGUGUGUUUUGGACUUUUAUGUGAGCGAAUCCUGCCAAAGAAAGGGCAUUGGUAAACUAUUGUUCGAGACAAUGACAAGCUUGGAAAACGUCACGGCUGAAAAGCUUGCAUAUGAUAGACCUUCUCCAAAAUUAAUAUCUUUUCUUAGAAGACACUAUGGCCUUUCCGAUUACAUUCCUCAAAGUAAUAAUUUUGUAAUUUUCAAGCAAUACUUCACAAACAAGCAAAAUAGUGCAAGCUCGUCACCACCAUCAAAGAAGGAUGUUUGUAACAACACAUCUUCCAUUGAGGAUGAUACUCAGAAGAGCUCAGUGACAUCAAAUCUUGGCCAAUCACAGCCAACCACUUCCAAGUUUUUCAACAACACCUCACAACAACCACAAGAGUCAUUCACUUCCUCAAUUUGUUCUACACGAGGAGCCCAAUACAAUCCUAUCACCAAUCAAUACAAGGCGCAAGACAUUAGCAAUUUAAAUUCCACCCAAAAACGAACAGGAAAGAAAAUAAUUGCUCCUCCUACUUCAUCCAUUAGUUUUUUCUGA